AUGGUCAAAGCCAUUCGAGUCCAUGAGCUUGGUGGACCUGAGGUCUUGAAAUGGGAAGAUGUGGAAGUAGGAGAGCCAAAGGAGGGAGAGGUUCGUGUGAAGAACAAGGCCAUUGGGCUUAAUUUCAUUGAUGUAUACUUCCGCAAAGGCAUUUAUAAGGCUGCUACGAUUCCCUACACCCCAGGCGGUGAGGCUUGUGGAGUUGUGACAGCUGUGGGACCAGGACUAACAGGCAGGCAAGUUGGAGAUCUUGUAGCCUAUGCUGGUCAGCCAAUGGGCUCAUAUGCGGAAGAGCAGAUCCUUCCUGCAGAAAGAGUUGUGCCUGUUCCUCCUUCCAUUGAUCCUACUGUUGCUGCAUCCCUCUUGUCCAAGGGCAUGACAGCUCAGUUUCUACUACGCAGUUGUUUCAAGGUUGAACCUGGACACGCAGUCCUUGUCCAUGCAGCAGCUGGUGGAGUUGGAUCCCUUUUAUGCCAGUGGGCUAAUGCCCUUGGUGCCACUGUCAUUGGAACUGUAUCUACUAAAGAGAAGGCAGCUCAAGCCAAGGAGGAUGGAUGUCACCAUGUCAUAAUCUCUAAGGAAGAGGACUUUGUUGCUCGAGUGAAAGAAAUAACAUCUGACAAUGGGGUCGAGGUUGUUUAUGAUUCUGUAGGGAAGGAUACUUUUGAGGGAUCACUGGCAUGCUUGAAGACUCGUGGAUACAUGGUGAGUUUUGGGCAGUCAUCAGGUGCGCCAGAUCCGGUUCCAUUGUCAGCCAUUGCAGUGAAGUCACUGUUUUUGACUAGGCCUAGCCUCUUUAAUUACGCUGCAACUCGAGACGAAUUGCUAGGGAUGGCGGGAGAGGUAUUUGGUAAUGUUCAAUCAGGAACGUUUGCCUUCAUGUUCAGGAUAGCUGCUGUGCCAAAUGAAAUGGAUGUCUCCGACUGCAGUAAACCAAAAUCAAGUCGUCAUGUGUCCUUUGAUCAUGUCCGUCGCCCUCCACAUAAAUCUGCUCCAUUAAACAGAGAAAAAAAGUUUGUGAGAGGUGAUCUUGUAGAUAUCAGUUCAGGGGCAACAAGAGAUUCUAAGCGAACAGAUGAUUCUCAUAAAGAUGAGGAAGAUGAUGUCAACUGGCCAGAACCUGACCGUGUUGGGCGGCAGGAGCUUGAAAUUGUAAUGGGGAAUGAGCAUAUCUCCUUUCCUACUUCAAAGAUUGGAUCCCUUGUUGAUGUCCAGAGCAGUAAAGAUCCUGAAGGUCUUCGCAUCUUUUAUUAUCUUGUUCAGGGAUCGAUGGUUGUUAGCUCUUACUUGUCAGUGCUGGUGUUCUGA